UGUUGCUUAGCUUUGCAGUUUUAGGGUCAUCAUCAAAGCUAACGAGGUCAGCUUCAGGCCGGCCCAGGCACUAUACUAUACUAGUAUACUAGAGCUAGCUACAUUGUUUGUGCCAGGAGAAUGGAUAUCGAGCUAAUCCCAGAAGACAUCAUUGCUACACUGGAGGGUAGCGUAGAGCGUCUCAAAGUGUUGUACAAGGAGAGACGGAGCUCCGCCCUCUCUGACGAUGUCACCGAGGUGAUGCAGCUUUGCAUGACCGUAGAGGCUGUCCUCAGGCAUAUGCAGAAAGAGAAGUCCAGUUUCUGGGGCGAGCGUCGUGACUACUGGCACUAUCUGAGUGAGGGGGUGGGGGAACUGAAGGCACUCGACAGCAUCGUCAAAAUAGUGCAAGCUCAGCAACAGGUGACGACAGGACUGGGUCGAGGGAGAGCACUCAUCAGGAAGUGUUUGUGUGAAGGAUUACUGGCUGACUGCAUUCAGAACGCUGUCUCAAACACAAAGAGAACAAAAGAGUGGUACCACGGGACGGCUAUUCUCCUCACACCCACACUAUCACACCGCGUCCUCACGGCAUUGUACGACCUCUCACAAGUGUCCUUUGACCUCCAGUUAGAGGGUAUUGACCUCGACGAGACUUGGCCAUCCUUUGUACUUAAAUCAUUCGACAGUAAUGGCAGUGGUGGUGGUGGUGGUCAGAAGGAGGUGGUGUUUGGAGGUAUGGGUUCUCGUACUAAAGACGCUGCAGUGUUGGACAAGAGCAGACUCAGAAUGAAGCACUCUAUUCUGGAGCAAGCGAUUGAGGAACACCCGACAGAGAUAUUCGUUAAACACGAGGUGCCCUUUAACCUCCCUCUCGUGGGCUCACUGCUGGCGGAGAUACGGGGCAAUCUGAUUGGACACUGUGACCAGGAUCACAUGGGUGCUCUCAAAAACGCUCUACCAGACUUGAAGGUGGACAAGCUUGAUGACAUCACAUCGUGCCUGACUGUACUCAGUGAGUACAUUGGCUCUUGGUCCCAGGGGGUCAGUGAGUGUAACACCAGUCUAGUGGACCAGCUCAAACUGCUCAAGGCACAGUUUGCUGACCUUGAGUUGCAACUGCAAGAUACAUUACUUGAGAGUGAAACCAGUGAGACCAGUCUUGUCACACAGAUACAGAGGUCCCGUCAAGAUCUGAGAAGCUACGAGGGAGAAGCCCACCAACUCAGCGCUGAGAACGAGGCACUUAAUAGAGAAAAUAUGGAACUACGCAGAAAGAUAUCAGAGCUUGAGACUUUGAACUUUGACCUCGAUGAGCAGUUGGUUUGCAGUGGCAGUGACACUGACAGUGUACCGAGGAACAGGUCGUCCACCAUCCUGGAGGCUAGCCUGGUCGAGAAGGACAUGGACUUAGUCGAGGUCCAACGAUCGCUAGAGAGCAGAGAACAAGAACUGAUCCAACUCAAGACACAACUAGAGCAAGCCGAGCUGCAACUACGAGCCAGCACAGUCAUCCAGGAGUCACUGACACAGUCACAGGCCAGUGUACUAGGGUUGACCUUUGACCUCGAGGCUAGCAAGGCUAGUGAACGGGAACUAAGCACCAAAAUUGAGGAAUUGGAACGAAUAAAAGAAAUCAAUGUGAAAAAGUUGAGAACUGAAUAUGAAAGUGAGAUUAAGGAAUUAAGACGGACGUUUGAGGUAGAGCUAAGUGAUGCGAAGGGAGCGUUGGAAUUGGAGUUGGAUAAUUGUAAGAAUGUUUUAUAUGAGAGGGACGAGGCGAGGGCAGAGCUCGGUUCCAUGCAGGGUCUGGUUGAGAGCGAGACUGCAUCUCUUCGGUUCCAAAUCAGCACUCAGGCCUUUGAUUUGCAAAGAGCACGAGAGAUGAACAAGGAUCAGGAGAGAUCGCUGAGUGAGCACAAGUCUCGUGUGGCUAACCUGGAGUCACAGCUGGGAGAGGUGAACGAACGUUGUGAGGGAGCAGAGAGUCAGAUAGAGGAGCUGAAGGUGGAGCUACUGGACAUGGAGGGCAUCCUCUCCACCAACAAGACAGAGCUGUCCUCCAUCUCAGAGCAACUGGCAGAGAAAUCGCUGAGUCAGGACUUGGAGCGUUCCCAGACUUUACGACUGCACAAGCAGCAAGUGGAGGGGUUGUCCACUAAGAUAAGGGAAGAGAAGGCGGAGCUUAGCCGACAAGUGGAGAGACUUAGUCAGGAGAACGAGGACAUGAGAAAAGCCUUCAAGAGACUAUUACAACAAAAGGUGACUCUGUGGCAACAUGCAGACAAGUUGGAGCAAGAACAGGUUGCCAAGGGAACGUGGAUCAACGAGAAAUCCAUACCAGAGUGCAUGGGAUGUGGGAUAACCUUCUCCGUCUUCAACAGAAAGCAUCACUGUCGUUCGUGUGGUAAGGUGUUUUGUACCAGUUGCUGUGACAAGAAAGCUCAACUGCCCUUCAGCAAGGACCCAGUACGAGUGUGUGAUGACUGCCAUGAUAAGAUCCAGGACGUGAGGACACCAAUGUCUUCCAAGAUGGUCAACACUCUAGAGAUGGAGAGUGUGGCUCUACCACAAGGCAGCAGCGGUCAGGCCAUUAUGGCAGGUCCCGAUGAGGAAGGUGGUGAGGAGAAUGGUACUGGAUCUCGUAACUCUCUCAACAUCACUCGAAACAUGGAGGUCAAUGGAAACAGCCUCUUAGCACGACUCCACCAACAGAACAUAGCUGGCAGUCUACCUUCCAUCGAUGACACUGGUAGCACUAUUAGUGGUGACAACAGCUUUAUGGAACUAGCCUCAAAGUAUCUCGCACCAGGGGAACGAAUAUUCGAUAAUGAAUCUUUAACUAGUGUAAAUUCAAGCGAUUAUCUCGUUGAUCCGGAGCUAAAACAAAGAGAAGCUGAAAAAAUGAAAGGUGAACAAAUCGACACUCCAGAUGGAAAUGUUCAUAUAAGCAGUGUGGAGGGGGGUGGUAGUGACGAUGAUGGAUACUAUGUUAUUGAAUCAGAUCCUCAAAAUUGUGUGUUUCCUGUUGGACUUGAUUCUCCUGGUACCCCAAAACUUAACUUUGAUGCGUUAGCCUCGAAACUGGCCAGUUUAGAAGUUACAAAUACGAUAGAAAAGUCACACGCUCGGCGGAUAUCAGAUGGUAGUAGUUCUUCGUCUGGAGUUGCAAGGAGUUCAGAGUUCAAAGAGGUGGUGAUAGAUGGUGGUGGAGUACAGAAUGUCCCCAUGACUGUGGUGAGGAUUGGUACGGCCAUUGUUUGGGAGUUCAGCACAGAACCAAAGGGGAUUGCGUUUGGAAUCUGGUACAAAGAGAAGAAAGACAGUCAAAAAGAAGUGGAGGUGCUUCCCCUGAAGAGGUGCAUGUCCCACAAGGCCACACUGACAGGAGAGUAUGUUGCACAGAAAAAUGGAGUCUAUGUACUCAAGUUUGACAACUGUCACUCAAAGUACACAGGUCGCAAGCUGCUCUACAAAGUGUGGACUAGAUCACCAUUGUAACCAUGCAACUUUAACAUUCGCCAUCAUAAUAAUUAUACAUAUCAGGUCUUUUUUUGUUGCUAUUAAAUUUUGUUUGUACGUAUAUAUAUAUCAUACAACAACGUACUUUGUGUGUAUUUGUUAACUUGUUUCUGUGUGAGAUAUACCUACAUGUAUGAUGAUCUUUACCUAAUAAUUAUUUAAUUAUUGG